GGAAGUUAUGGUUUCAAAGAUACAUGGUUUGAAAGAUGACAUUUCAUCUAAUGCUUUGUUACAUUGUUUUAGUGGAAUAUUGCUCUCUGCCUAGGAAGAAAAGCCCUUGGUUUUAUUCCAUUUAAGUCUUUCUGUUACUUAAUGCAGUUUCUUAAACACUCACUUAUUUGUUAUGAAACGUGAGAUUGCUCCAUCUUUAAAUUCUUACAGCACCCACCUGACCUCCCAAAAAUGCUUUGCUGGAAUAGAUUGUCUGAGAUCCAGACUGUGUUAAUCUUGUGAAAGGCAGGCAGGUGGAACUGAAUUUGUGGCAGUGUGUGUACUGGAGGAGGAAAGUAACCCCGGUGUGAAGUGUUGGGACUUGUCAGCGCUCUGCCCUGGGUGCUGGUGCUGUGUCCCGUGUUGCAGUGCUGGACCAGAGAGGCAGUGUGUGAGUGAAGUUCUGAGGCAACAGAUUGCUGUGUCUUCACCUGUCUGCUUGUUUGUUUCAGGCAUACCUUCAACAAGCCCAAGAGCUGGUUAUACUUGAAACAAUAAUGCUUCAAACUCUAGGUAUGUCUUUCUAAAUACCUCCUGUGCAGCCAGCUUGCCAUGAAGAGCUAGUGGGACCCCAGUAACUGGAUUUUUGUUGUGCUGUUGGUACACUAGAAUUUAACUGUUUUCUUGUAUAACUUCUGAAUUUAGUUUUGUGUUAGCAGUUCUGCUGUGUUCGCUGUGGAGAAGAAAGGUGUGUCUGUACUUGUGAAAGAGAUGUUUCUGACAGUUUGAGGUAGAAAUGUGUAGGCUUCCAAAUAGAUUUUACUCCAAGUAGUAAUUACAUUGACAUUUCUUCCCAUAGGGUAACAAGGUGCAGUAGGCUGGCUGUGUGUGUCCUGAAGCAGUUGGAAAGAGCUUUGUACCCAGUGCUCUUCCCCAUUUCCAUACAAGAACAUUAUGUAAUUGAGCAGGUGCUGACUCUGAAGAAAACAAGUUGGAGUAUAACCAUUUAAUGGAUUUGGAUGAUUCCAAAAUUUGAAGUGGAAUGUUUUGUCAAGACACUCCUCUGACUAAAAUACCAUAGAGACAAUUACAUUCCAAGGCUUGAGAGCACUGACUUGCUCAGAUAUUCUUAAAUACCACUUGGGGUAUUGCUAAGAAAAAUAGCUCACAGUAGUGACCUAGUUCUUAAAACAGUGUCAUAAACCUAGAAGGGUUUCUUAAGUCACUGAUCUACAAAUUGAUUUAAUUUCUAAUUUCAUACAUGCAACAUUUUUAAGUACUAGAAAUCAAUUAAUGAAAGUAUACAUGCACACCAUUAUGUUUGCAGUACAGUUUCUUACUGACUUAUUAACUUGCUAGAAGUUGUUCAGAUAUAUUGAAAAGCAUUGAAAAGAUCAUAAUUUCCCAGGUUAUGUGUGUACAGGAUUUGAGAUUACUGGAGGAAUACUUUAGUAAUGGAUUACAAAGUGGCUUUACCAUCUGCCAUUCAGAAGAAUGAAAAGGUAAAGAAUAAAAGGUACUUAAAUAGUGUUACUUAUUCUGCAGUGCAAAGGUUUAGCAAAUAUUUAGAUCUGUGGGAAAACAUAAGGGGUUUGCUUUUUAUUUUACAGAUGCAAAUGUAUAAUUCUAAAAUGUAUUUGUAACUCCUCAGGUUUUGAGAUUACCAUUGAACAUCCUCACACAGAUGUUGUGAAAUGUACACAGUUAGUGAGAGGUCAGUGACUUUUAACCACUUCUGUAAGUCCUUUUUUACCUUUCUAGUAAAAUUUGAAAGUAAUGUUAUUUGUCUAAUAUGAUUUUUCACCAACUAUGUUAUCCAAUGAGUAUGUUUAAAACUAAUUAUUAAAAGUUUCAUAUUUACCUUUAGAGAGUCACAGAGUCCAGUCCUUUGUCCUUUUUUUUUUUUUGGUUUUUUUUUUUGUUUUCCUAAUAGCUUUGUUUUUAAUAGUACCUGUUCCAUGUGUUCUGGAAUGACAGAAGCAGUCAGCAGUUGCAAACUGAUUGGCCAGAUCCAUAGUAUUGUUCUGAGCUGAUGAUUUUCACUCUGAAGUAGUUUUGCCCAUUGAUGGCUAAUGCCAGCUUUUUGUCAUAGCCAAUCUUUUCAGGUGAUGGACUGAGGGAUAGAGAGUGCAUAGCAAGUCUGCUGUCACAUGCAAAUAGUUGUGACUAAUUGUUUUUCUGUAGCAGUGUGUCCUUACUUGUUUUGGAUGGUAGCACAAAACCCCAAACCUUUAGAUAAACAUACCCUGUAACUUGCCUGCAGCUCAUUAAUGUGACUGGCUAGAAACCUGUUUUGUUCUCUAUAUUUUUGUGGCAUUUUGGCACAUCUUCUUUAAGUCUUGAAUUGGUUUCUUUUGGAGUAUUAAAAAAAUAUUAAAAUACACUCUUAUAAGAUGUAGGAUGAAAAAAAUUAGGGAUCAGUUGCAAAAGCAUCUAAAAUAAACUUUUCACUUGAAUUAUGUUUCUUAAGUAAAAAGUGCUUUGAAAUUAUUAGACCGUGGUUGUUAGUCUCUAGUCAUUAGCUGGUUUUGCAGUGAGAAAUGCAGAAGUGCUUCUAAGUUUUUGGUGUUUUUUCUUUUCCCUCUAUAAAAUAUAUAAAAUUUAGGUACAGCCUGACCCUGUUAACUAGGUUUGGUUUGUAGUAACUCUGGAAUUAAUGGUGUCCUUUUAAGGAAGAGUGUCUCUUAUUUGCUGUAGCUUCCUGGUGAGUGUCUUUGGACACUGAGUAGGGCUGGUGCUAUAACUUACUUGCAUAUAAAGUAGUUUUAUUGCUCUCCUUGCUGUAAGACAAUGAUUCUCAUUCUCUGCUUUCUGCCCAGAUUUGCUUGUGACUUGGUGCAUGAGUCCAGUUGCACCUGAAGUCCCAGUAGUCUGCAGCAGCUGCUCUGUAGGAUUUUGCUUUGGUUUUUCUUAGCUGUUGGUCGCUGUAAAUGGGAGCAUGUUUUACUCUCUUGGGGAGCUCCUGUGCUUCUGCUUGGUGUCUGGGGCUGUGGGGAGGGGGAAUGUGGUAUUGCCUCAGGAUUUCCACAUCAGUGUGUGUCACUCAAGCCUACAGGCACACUGCUACACAAACUGCAUUUCCUUUCAUCAAAAGUAGAUACCACUCUAAGGCAGUUCAGCUUUUCCCUUUGUGUUUUGUAAAUUUUUGUACUGACAAAAUUCAUACUUUGAAGAUACUGUGAUUUUUUUAAUUUGACAUCUUGAAACUAGUAUUUAAUGUCAGAAGACUUGAAAAAAUACUAAGUCUAAAGUGAUAUCAAGUCUUGAAAUCUGAGGACUUCAGUGAGGGCUGGAAAUCCAUGUUAGCUCAAGGACUGGUGCACAGUGAAUGUAAUGUCUCUGAUAUUCAAAAACCUGCUCACUUCACUGUAGGAGGUGUGCUCCUUGGUGUGUGUGUGUGGAUGGAAUCCUUGGGAGCAUGUCCCUAAGAGUGCUGUAGACUGUGAACACAAGAUUUGAGUACCUCAUAUUAAAAUAAGAAAAAGGAAACUAAUUAAUGCAUUUAGAACAUCAGGCAUUAGAUUUGAAGUCAUGCAUGCAGGUCAGGCAAGGACAGGAUAACUGCCAUGGAACAUUGCUUUUGUGUUGGGAGGACAGGGAGAGAUGGGCCCGUGGGCACUGUGAUCUUCAAAGACACAGUGUUAGGAGUUUAGUUUUCUGUCCCUGAACAUUUAUUUAUUGGACAGUGUGGGUUUUCAAUGUCAGUAAUGCAACACUCAUAUCUGAGUCCUGAAGCUUUUAAAAUAUGCCUAGGAUUUGUCAGUGUUAAACCUUUAGUGCUAAAGGGGUUGACUGAGAAGUUAAAGAAGUCCAAGGUUACUUCAUCCAGUUCCAGUAACAUCAUCUUGGACAAAAAACACCAUUUCAGAAGGCAGAGAUACCUUUUUUGAAUAAAGAUGAUUAACUUACCCAAGCCUGUUAUGAUUAAAACUUCCAACUGCAUGUUUGGAGAGAGGAGGAAGGGAGGAAUGUAAUGUCUGAGCAUCAAAAAAGAAGCAGCAAUGUUAGCUGAGGUCUGCAAGUGUGCUUCAGGAUUUGGCUUAGGUUUGUGCCCUGCAUUGUCAGGUGGUGGGAAAGGGCCCUUUGGCUGACUAAACUGCAGUGCCUCAGAGGAUGGCUGAUUCCCUCCAUCACUUUUUGCUGUCUUGCAUCCAGGGUAAUUUGUUUUAUGCAGUCACUGUUACCUGUUAUUAAGCUGUAAGCUAUCCCCUUUAAAAACAAAAUGAAAAAAUAAAAACCCAGAUUGUGUUGAUGAUACUCAAAAAACUCAACCAAGUCCUUUGUCAAAAGACUGUCUAGUCUGGCAGUGGCACACCAGAAUCAAUUGCUGGAAGCUGAAGAUGAACUAAAAAGUGGGAGUUGGUGCAAAUAAAUACAAUUGCUUCAACAUACAACUAAAGAAAAAACGAAUUCUUCUCUAAAAUUGAACGCCUUUUUGAAGGUGUUAUUAGACAACACAGAUCAUUGCAGAGAAGGGGUGACUGGAUGGAUAGAUAAAUGAUUCAUGAUGUUCAGGCAUACAAUACCUAGUCACUCCUUCUAGUGUUCAGAGACUCAUGGGUUAAUGAAAUUGUUCCAUCUUUGCAGUUUGGUCAGUAUAGCAGACAAGGAAAAUGGUGUGGGCUUAGUAUUUUUUCUGCACCAUUCUUCCUCAGUGUCAAGAGACUGAGAAGAGGAGACAGGACCAUCAUUCCUUGACCAUCAUUCCUUAGGAUCCCACAGGUCCAAGGAAUCUGAAGGCAGUGGAUAUGUGAGGGCCUGUCAGCAAGCUUCAGUGUCCAUUCCAAGAAUGCUCCAGUAGUGAAGAGAAGAAAGGAAAAAAGAAAAGGGGAAAAACAACCCCACCAAAAACUGUUCUGGUUUUGGCCCUUGCUGCCUUCAACACUAGCUGAACGAUCAGCAGUGAAACUCCCCUGGUGCCAAGAUUGUGCUAUGGUCCUCUUACACUCUGGUACAAAAUCAGUCUGUUCUCAGCCUGCUUCUGGUGAAACUUGGAAUCUGUGUCCUCAUCUCCAUCUUGG